AUGCCAGGAAAUUGUACUGGACGAGUAGCUGCUAUUAAGUGCUACACAAAUAUAGCAUUUGUUGUUACUCGACGUUAUGGUUGGGGCAGGCGUUUCGGGUACAUAAAUCCAGCUUUAGGUGAUAAGAAACCGACGUAUAUUGUUGUUGGAGCAGGUUCCGCUGGAUGUGUUCUUGCUAACCGAUUGACGGAAAAUCCAGUCAAUCGUGUAUUAUUAGUAGAAGCUGGACCACGUGAUUCAAAAUGGAAUUGGAAAUUUCAUAUGCCUGCAGCUCUUAUGUACAAUCUUUGUGAUGACAAAUAUAACUGGUAUUAUUACACUCAACCGCAAAAGAACUUGAAUGACCGACCAAUUUAUUGGCCACGUGGUCGAGUUUGGGGUGGUUCUUCCACUCUUAAUGCAAUGGUUUACGUUCGUGGGCAUCCUCUUGAUUACGACCGCUGGGAAAAAGAAGGAGCUUCGGACUGGUCGUACAAAAAUGUGCUCCCUUACUUUAAAAAAGCUCAAUCUCAUGAACUUUCGAAAGGGCCAUCAGAUGCUUAUCGUGGUUGGAAUGGUCCACUUCACGUUACACAAGGAAAAUGCGAAAAUCCGUUGCACAAAGCCUUCAUUGAAUCGGGUAAUCAGUACGGCAUUGGCGUUGUGGAUGAUAUAAAUGGAUAUAAGCAAGAGGGAUUAGCUCGUAUGGAUCUCACUGUUUAUAAAGGCUUACGCUGGAGUACAUCAAGAGCUUAUUUGUGGCCUGCACUGUCACGUCCAAAUUUACAUACUUCAUCAAACAUACUGUGUACACGUAUUUUAUUUGAUAGCAAGAAAGCUAUUGGAAUUGAAUUUAUCAGAAAAAAUGGUCCUCUUACAGAUAACAUCACUUCUUGGAAUCGUGAAAAAAUUUUCUGUGAAAAAGGUGUAAUUCUUUCUGGAGGUGCAAUAAAUACUCCACAAUUAUUGCUUCUGAGUGGUGUUGGACCAUCGAGUAAUAUAGCAGCUCAUUCCAUUCCUAUACUUUUGCAUUUACCAGGUGUUGGGAAGAAUUUGCAGGAUCAUCUCGAAAUUUAUGUGCAACAGAAAUGUACGCAACCCAUAACACUUUAUAACAAAAGCUCGUGGCGUUUUCCACACAAUAUGGUCAAGAUUGGUUUGGAAUGGUUUAUUUCAAAUACGGGGAUUGGUGCGAGUAGUCAUUUAGAAUCUGGUGGCUUCGUCCGAAGUACAGUAAAGGUUCCUCAUCCAGAUAUUCAGUUUCAUUUUCUCCCCUCUACAGUGCAUGAUGAUGGACGUGCUAACGGAAAAUGUCAUGCUUUUCAAGUACACGUUGGUCCGUUGCGUUCCAAAUCUAGAGGUGCAAUAUUGCUUGCUAGUAAUGAUCCAAGGCAACAUCCACUAAUCAAUCCCAAUUAUUUGGAUCAUGAAGAUGAUUUCACUGAAUUCAGACAUGCUCUGCGGAUUUCCAGGGCAUUAUUAGGUCAGCACAGUUUCGACAAUUAUCGUGGUGACGAAAUAUCACCAGGAAAAGACUGUCAAAGUGAUAAACAGAUUGAUGAAUUCGUUCGACAAAAUUCUGUCUCUGCAUAUCAUCCAUCUUGUACAUGCAAAAUGGGAAGUGAACGAGAUGAAUUUGCUGUAGUCAAUCCGAAAACAAUGGGCGUUUAUGGAUUAGAAAAUCUUUAUAUAGCUGAUGCAUCAGUGAUGCCAUCAAUUGUCAGUGGGAAUCUUAACGCUCCGGUCAUUAUGCUUGCUGAAAAAGCAGCGGACUUGAUAGAAGGGAAAACACCACUACCAGAAGAAAUUGUACCUGUGUGGUCACCAUGUGAAAGGAAUUCAAGUAAAUAA